AAUAGUGGUGCUCAGAGGAAUUCUUUGUGUGUGUGUGUGUGUGUGUGUGUGUGUCUUGAGGAGGAUCUGAAUUACAUGGCUGAGUGGUGUACCACAAAGGCCACAUCCUGGAAUUUGGGAGGGGGUCAGGAGGGUGGUGUAAGAAGUAGAGAAGUAGCAGAGAGUCACUAAAGUGUAUGCUCACAUUCUCACACACAAAACCUGCAAUCUUUAAGGAUUUCCUAGAAACCUCACAAUCAACAGAAAAAAAAGGUCAUGUCCACUAUAACAGCCCAGCCUUUACCUUAUGGUCUAGAAAGAGAAAAACACAUUGAGAUGCUUUUUAGAGCUUUCCACCAGAGGUGGAGGUCCUCCACGGACCCUCAGGACCUCGCUACCACUCCAGCUCCAACACAAGGUCCCGUCAGUGGAGAUCUAUCACCUACAUUCCAGGCUGCAAGCUUGGAGACAAACAGGCAUAAAGGAGAGCAGUGGGUUACAGAGACAUUACCGGCAGGUCUGGCUGCUCUGAGAACAGUCAGCCAAAUACACAUAACCGCUGUACCUGAGCUUCAGGGUCCCCAGUGCAUUUCCCGCAGGACCUACAGUGUUGCUGCAGAAACCAGGCAACUGUUUCUGGCUGUGGAAGAGAGCUCAUGUGUGUGUAUGCAGUGCUGUGGUCCUGCUCGUGCCUGCUUCUUGCAGGCUUUUGACCAGGAUCGGCAGAAGAUUUUCCUAUUUGAAAGGCCACUUAGAGCAGAUAUGUGCUGCCUGGGCUGCUGCCUGAUGGAGAUGAAGGCCUACACGGCCCAGAGGGAGCUCAUUGGCACUGUCCACCAGAGGUGGAGUAUGUUCACACCCUACUUUGAGGUGUGUGACUCUGCAGACUCUCCCUUCCUGAGGAUACAAGGCUCCUGCUGUCCAAUCCGUUGCCUCUCCGACCAGGAGUUCCAGGUUGUCUCCAUGAUUGGUGACCGCAUUGGAACGGUAUGGAAAAAGUGGCCAGGCUACAAUGAAAGCUGCAACAUGGACCAUGAACAUUUUGGGUUGGAUGUCUCUCAGAACAUAAAUGUGAAUACCAAAGUGUUACUUCUAGCAGGUACAUUUCUCCUGGUAAGUUUCUUAAAUUCAAAUCUGAAUCAAAUAUACCUAAACAAAUUUCAGUAUAGUGUGAGAACACUAAAUAUUAUAUUCUAUUUUCCCAGAAUCAUAUGUUUUUUGAAAUGAGCUGAACCAGCAAAAGAACAUUUGAAAACCGGCAUCGUUGGACUGUAAACAUCUGAAAAAUGUCUUGAAUUUCCAAACAGCCACUGUAAAGACUUUAUAUAAACUUUGAACUACUGGAAUUUGAUACGAAUAACCCUGAUAUGAGUAAAAUACAUGACUGGAGUUAUAUCACAGUAAAAUGCUAUUUCAACUAAAACUAUCAUUAUUUAAACUAUAAUCUCCAAUUUUGUUGCAGUGUUUGCCACACCUUACUGAUGAUAUUUAUUUGCUGUCCAAACACAAAAUUCAACAAUACUUAUGUCUAUACUCAUUUAAGUAAUUGUUCAUUAAAAAUACAUUGUAGCUCUUCACUGAAUUUUUGUUGCUUGGGAUUCAUUGUGUACUGCAGCAUUUUGGAUUUGAAAUGAAACUAAAUUUGAGGUCUAGACUGUCAGCUUAAAUUUGAUGUUAUGAAUGUGCAUACAGGGGAAACUGUUUUGGCCUUUGUAGUCCUUUUUACAGUCUUUCCAGAAACUGAGAUGACCACCACACACCAGUGCUUUUGUGUUCCUGAAACCAUUUGUGUGUUGUUUUGCAUGCUUGGGGUCAUUAUCAUGUUGACAUAUCUAUCUAUGGCCAAGCCUUUUCAGCUAAAAUAUCCUGAAACUUGGGGAAAUUCAUGCCAUCAGUCCUCACAAAGGCCCCUGAAUCACAAGCGACAAAAAAGACCCAAAUCCUGAAUGA